UCACGGUGUAUUGACUACUGAGGUAUGGUUUCUCUACCUAUAUCAAGGGGUGAUGUCUUAGGUUAUUGGGUCGCUAACCGAGUCACCAGUCACCAACAUUCUCCACAGCUGCCUAGCCAUGGCUCCACCUUCAUGCUUUCGCCUUCUGCUACUCAUAGCUGUAUUCGCCGCGUGCUAUGCCUGCGCUAUUUGCGUUGCCGUCGACGGCAGCAAGACCCUGCGGCCAUCCGUAGUCUCAUGCUCAACUGCUGGGAACUACAGCAAUGGAAGUCAGUACCACAAGAACCUCUACAACCUCCUUUUGGCCAUCCCCAUGGCCGCCGCGCAGAACGGUGGCUUCUUCAAUGGCACGGUCGGCGCAGAGGUCGAUGAGGUAUUCGGCCUCGUCAUGUGCUACACCGGCAGCACUGACACCGAGUGCGUGGACUGCCUUACCGGUGCGCCUGAGGGAAUCAUGAAGUUGUGCCCGCACAGCCGAACGGUUCGUGCUGUCUAUGGCGCAUGCACCCUUCGGUACUCCAACGAAUCGUUCUUCUCCGUCGCCGACCUUGCCAUCGAGCACCACCAUGUGCAACAAAUACCACCAUAUUACAGUGAUGCAGUUACACUUGCAGCGUAUCUCCUCGAUACUGCUGGCAUGAGUCGCACAAGGUUCGAGUUGUUUCGUGGGCUCGCGGAGAGGGCUGGGUUAUUGGCUGGGCGAGUUGCUUGGGACAUCCAACGGCUCAACGAUGCACAGGAGAUGACCGCGGGGGUGCAGUGCACAAGGGACCUGCUAGCAAGCGAGUGCCUGCGUUGCCUCUCCAACUUCACUGAUCAGCUGCCGCGAUUGUUGCCGACCAACAGCAGCGGUGCCAUCAAGGGAUACAGUUGCUACCUGAUUUAUUUCAUCACCACCAAAAAGCCUUUGGUUCAGGAUUUGAUCCAUAUAUGGGACAACGAGAUUUAUGAGACGAGUAGCGACCGGGCAGCCAUGGAGUCAGAACGCAGUAUUGAGCGCCAAAAACAGGAGCACCAAAACCAGGAGCGCCAAAAACAGCGACGACGAAAAGUGGCUAUCAUCAUGGGCCUUGUCGUCGGUGCAACGGUGCUCGUGCUCUGCAUGAUUGGCCUAUCUGUGCGGUACAAGUUGAACUGGUGGCAAAGGCGCAUGGCUGCGGCCAAAGUCUUCACAAGAUCAGCGGCCAAGGUCUUCACAAGAUCAGCGCUGCUGAAAGAGAUGGCCUACUUCCGCGGAAAAAGACUAUAUCACGACGAGCUGGAGCAAGGGACUGGCCCCAGGCGAUUCACAUACCAUGAGCUCGCGGCUGCCACCGACGGCUUCACCAGCGGGAACAAGCUAGGUGAAGGAGGCUUCGGGUCCGUCUUCCGGGGGUUCAUCACCGAUGCAAACCUCCAUAUCGCCGUAAAGAAAGUGUCCAAGAGCUCCCGCCAGGGCUGGAAGGAGUUUGUUUCUGAGGUGAAGAUAAUCAGCCAGCUCCGACAUAGAAAUCUUGUGCAGCUCCUUGGAUGGUUCAACGGUGGCAAUGAUGACGAUCUCCUGCUCGUUUACGAACUGAUGCCCAACGGCAGCCUGGAUGCUCACUUGUACAAGCCAGACCACCUCCUGCCAUGGACAGUCAGGUAUGAGGUCGCGCUUGGCCUUGGCUCCGCGCUGUUGUAUCUGCACCAAGAGAUGGAGCAGUGUGUCGUCCACAGGGACAUCAAGCCGAGCAAUAUCAUGCUGGACGUGUCCUUCAAAGCCAAGCUCGGUGAUUUCGGGCUAGCAAGGUUUGUGUGCGACGGCCGGGAAUCGCUCACGACGGGCGCAGCCGGGACGCUUGGGUACAUGGACCCAAAGUGCGUGUUCUCAGGCACGGCCAGCAUGGAGUCUGAUGUGUACAGCUUUGGGGUCGUACUGUUAGAAAUCGCAUGCUGUCGAAGGCCAGCCGUGGUCCGAGACGAUGACGAGGGAGCUGUCAUCCACCUGGUGCAGUGGGUCUGGGAGGCGUAUGGCCAAGGGGCCAUCCUCGAGGCAGCGGAUGUGCGGCUGGACGGCAAGUUCGUUGAGCAGGAGAUGGAGCGUGUCAUGGUGGUCGGGCUCUGGUGCGGGCACCCUGACCCCGUCCUGAGGCCAUCCAUGAGGCAAGCCGUCAGCGUUCUACGGUUGGAGACGCCACUGCCAAGCCUCCCUGUGAAGAUGCCGGUCCCAGCCUACAUGAGGCCGCCACUGGCUGAUGACUCUUUUGGUUCUCUGGGGAAUACUGGCGGCAUCAGCAGCGGUGAUACCAGCACGACCCAUUCAACUCGAAACAAAGUUGAAUUGAUGAUCAUCAAUCAUGGCAUUUAGGAUCGUUUCAGUAAAUUUCAAGUACUACUUGACUACUUGUAUGUAAUUAAGCUUGAUUUCCUGCAAGAGGUGUUACCGUCUA